AAGAAGGGUCUUGAACCGAAACGUCACCCAUUGCUUCUCUCCAGAGGUGCUGCACGUCCCAUUGAAUGACUCCAGCAUGUUGUCUCGAUCUUCGGUGUAAACCAGCAUCUGCAGUUCCUUCCCACACAAGGUGAUCCUGCAUCUGGUGGGUGAGUGAGGAUGAGUCGUCCACUCUCCUCACAGAACCUCAGCUGCGGGGCGUGGGAGAUGAAGGAGCGGCUGGGCACCGGCGGGUUCGGCAACGUUAACCGGUGGAACAACAAGGAAACGGGGGAGCAGAUCGCUAUCAAGCAAUGUCGCCAGGAGCUGAGCCCCAGGAACCGCGAGCGCUGGUGUCUGGAGAUUCAGAUCAUGAAGAGGUUGAACCACCCGAACGUGGUGGCGGCUCGGGACGUUCCAGAGGGGAUGCAGAAACUGGCCCUGAACGACCUGCCGCUGCUGGGCUUGGAGUACUGCGAGGGAGGAGAUCUCCGCAAGGUGGGUGCCUUUUGUACAACCUGCUGUGGCAUGCGGAGAGUGCCAGUGCUCAUCAUACUCACUGACAUUGCCUCCGCCCUGCGGUACCUGCAUGAGAACAGAAUCAUCCACCGUGACCUGAAGCCGGAGAACAUCGUCCUUCAGCAGGGUGACCAGCGGUUAAUCCACAAGAUCAUAGAUCUGGGCUACGCCAAAGAACUAGAUCAGAACAGCCUGUGUACAUCCUUUGUCGGGACCUUGCAGUACUUGGCGCCGGAGCUCCUGGAGCAGAAGAAGUACACGGUGACGGUGGACUACUGGAGCCUGGGCACGCUGGCCUUCGAGUGUAUCACCGGCUUCCGGCCCUUCCUACCCAACUGGCAGCCCUUGGCCUGGCACAGCAAGGUGAAGCACAAGGGAAGUCGGGACAUCAUGGUGGUGGAGGACAUGAACAUGGAGGUGAAGUUCUCCAGCCAUCUUCCUGAACCCAACAACCUCAACAGGGAGCUGCUGGGUCCCACGGAGCAGUGGCUGCAGCAGAUGCUGAAGUGGAAUCCCUCGGAGCGGGGCACGGACCCUGUGUUUGGCCCCAACGGCUGCUUCCGGGCCCUCGAUGCCAUCCUGGACAAGAAGUACGUGCAGAUCCUGGACAUGCAGUCGGGCACGCUGCACACCUACCCGGUCAGCCCCGAGGCUAGCGUGCAGUCACUGCAGCAGUGGAUCGAAGCCACCACCUCCAUCCCGCUCUUCACCCAGGACCUGCUGCUGGAAACGGGCACUGCUCUGGACCCCCGCCGACCCGUCACCCAGUGUGUGUCCGACAGCAGGCAGAACGAUGGGAAGAAGUCGGAGCUGACUGUCAUUUACCUGUUUGACCGGAGCACGAGCAGCUACAGUGGCCAGGUGGCCCCCCCUGCCCAGCCCCACGGCGUCAGCUUCAUCCUGCAGGACCCGAAGAAGCAGUUGCCGUACCAACAGCUGCGGCGAUCCUGGGGACAGAGCUGGCAUUUGAUCCGCAGCCUGAAGGACGACUGCAUCCGGCUGCAGCAGGGGCAGCGAGCCGCCAUGAUGAGCCUGCUGCGUUACAACAGCACGCUGUCCAAGCUGAAGACCACCAUGAUGUCCAUGUGCCAGCAGCUGAAGGCCAAGUUGGAUUUCUUCCGCGUCAGCAUCCAGAUCGACCUGGAGAAGUACAGCGAGCAGAUGGCCUUCGGGAUCACCUCAGAAAAAAUGAUCGCUGCCUGGAAUGAGAUGCAGAUGAAAGCUGAAGGCUGUGGAAGGACGGCUGACGUCAGCAGUCUAGACGAGCAGUCGAUGGCGUUGCAGACGGACCUGGUCGACCUGCAGCGGAGCCCCUCGGCCUGGCGACAGGGGGAGGCGCUGGAGGUUCAGGAGGAAGCCGCCAUGGAUUUGUUUCGCAAACUCCGGGAAAGACCGAGAGACCAGCGUACAAGUGGAGACAGCCAGGAGAUGGUGCGUGUCCUCCUGCAGACCCUGCAGUACUUCGACAGGAAGGUGAAGGACAUCUACUCCCACCUCAGUAAGACACUGGCGUGCAAGCAGAAGGUGAUGGAGCUGGUCCCGCGGCUGGAGCGGGUGCUGCAGCUGAUGAAUGACGAUGAGAAGCUGGUGAUGAAGCUGCAGGAGAAACGGCAGAAGGAGCUCUGGCACCUACUGAAGAUCGCCUGCAGCAAAGUCCGAGGCCCGGUGAGUGGCAGCCCGGAGAACAUCAGUGCCACCUCCAGCAUGGAGAAGCCAAAGAGCGGCGAGGAGUCGCUGGUGAUGAUUGAAGAAAGUCAGAACUACCGCAGCCAGCUUCUGACCGUCAUGCAGGAGACAAUCCAGGACCGAGAGAACACCUUGCAGUCACUGGAUUGGAGUUGGCUGUCCAGCUAA